AUGGAAGCUACCCCCACGUUCUUCUGUACCGAAACCUACCAGUUUGGUGUCUACGAAGAAUGAGGAAAAGUAUCAAGUACCGGGGACCGGUUUAGUGACAAUAAAAAUAAAAGCGGAAAAUGACCCAUUACCAGUCAUCAUACGCCAUUCGACACUAAGCCCAGAAGCGCCAGAGUGGUACGAGCGUCCAUUAACAGCCAGCAAGAAGGAACGUGUCACUGAAUCUGACCACUACGGAACGUCAUCGUCACCAAGCGAGGAGGUGUUCCAUGAAAUGCUUGAACUACAUCAGCAUCAAAACGCUCUACAACGGCAGCAGAACCACAGUAUGGAGAUGCUUGCAAUCCAGCAGACGUAAAGCAAUCUUCCCCAGCAAUGGAUUCUGAUAUUUGAUCGUGAUCCUAUCGAGUAUGGAGCCUUUGUAAGAGCCUUUGAAAACGUGAUUGAGUUCAACACGUUUAGUAUUAGUGAGAGGCUGUACUACAGCCGAACCUAUAUUAAGCGGUCACCCUCUGGGAAUGGCUAAGUGACCGCUUAAUACAGGGUGACCACCUACUGCAGAUUGCAAGAAAUACCGAGUUCAAAGAAUUAGAUCUCCAGUGCUGAUCAGAACAGAAGCUUGACCUCAAAUAGAAACAUUCAUUUCCGUCGUUUUAAUGAUUUGCAAACAUAAACAAGGAAAUCAAUUGUUGUACCUCAUGUGUUACAUUAUUUGAAACUGUAUCAUCAACAACGUGUGACCAUUUAAUACACGUUAAGGCAAUAGAAAAAGUCUCGUUGGGACUUUGCAAAUGGUCACCGUGACUGCUUAAUGGAGGUGACCGCUUGAUAGAGGUUGAAAUUACAGUACAUCAAGAAAAGUAAUUCCCGGGACUUUGAAAACCGAACGCUUAAUACGGUCCACUUAAAACAGGUUUGACUGUAUCUCAAGCAGUUUACCAGUGAGGAUAUCAAGGAACUUGUUCGAUCGUGCCAUUACCUCCCACCUGACAAGAGAUACAGGGAAGCCCAAAGUCUGAGGAAAAAGAAGUACGGUGAUGGUUAUUUAGUUGCAUCUACCUACAAAAGCAAGGCGCUGAACUGGCCUGGGUUGAACGCUGAGGACAGCACCAGCCUAAACAGAUUUUCAAUAUUUCUCAUGAGGUGUAGAAACGCAAUGGAAGGAUACAAGUAUCUAGCCAAGCUUGAACAUCCCGAUACCAAACAGAAGCUCAUCAUGAAGUUUACCUUUCAAUAUGAAAAAAACAUGGCACCAUUUGGUGGACCACAUUAUGGAAACGGAGGAACGCUCUGUUACGUUUCGCAACCUUGCUGA